AGUUCUCAAAUAUGAAUUGGGCCAAAUAAAGAAAAAGCCCACCAAAAUCCAAAUUCCGAGACGUUGCAACUUUUUUAAGUUACGAACUCCUUUUUUCUCCCAGAGAGCUCUAUCGAUGAAAUCAACGCAACAACAAAAAAGAGUAGAAUAUAAAAAACAAUGAAGAAACCUUAUUUCUUGAAAAAUCCAGUGUUUUUCUUACUUCUACUCAUAACUCUUUCUUCCCUAACUAUACUCAUCUUCUCUUUUCUUAAAUUACCGGAAACACCUCUCGCCGCCGGUAACCACCUCCGCGAACUCCGGUACGAGCUCACCGAUGAAGUCGGAUACUUCGGGAAGAUGAUGAUCGAAAUGCUACCCGAAGAUCUGGUUUUCACAGCAUUCGUACCGUCCGACAGAGCAUUCCGCCGGGAUCUAGGGCUCAAAUCUAACAACAGCCGUCAGAUCAAAUCCCUUGCAGACGACGACGACGAAGACGGAGAUAACACAUACGCCGUCGUGUCGAGGAUCAUGGGUUUCGCGGUGGUUCCUUACAAAGUGGAAGAAGCAGACAUAAGGAACGGAGAAACGGCGUCGUAUGAGUCGUUGAGUGGUUUCACACUUAAGAUUUGGAGAAAGAGAAAUAGUGGUGGAUUGGUCGUUAAUGGCAUCGAGACAGAGAAGAUGGGGUUUGUAAAGAGAGGGAAGAUCAUAGCGCAUAUUAUGAAUGGUGUUGUAAUGGAUUCUGAUUUCGCACAGUCUCUUGCUUCUUCUACUCCUCAAGACGAAGAUGAAGAACCAUAGAAGAAGAAGACCACGACAUUAGUCUCUCUUGUAACAUACCAAAGGAAAACAAAAAGUUGAUUUGACUAAACAGAAUAUUAUUGACUUAAUGAUCCAAUCAAACUUUUAAUCAUCAUUUUAUUUUCCUUACAUUGGUGAUGAAUACAACUAAUUAUUUCGUUUAUGUACUUUCAAAAUGUUAUUUCUGCUUAAAAUAGAAUGAAUUUGGAUUCUACAGUCUUCCACAGUUCCACUCUUCAUGAUUGAGUUGGAUUAGUUACAGAAUUACUACUAUAAUUGUAAGUUGACAUUUUGUCGCCAUUGAGUCUCUUUUAGCGUUUUUAUUCUUUUAACCCGUUCUAUAAAAUAAGCUAUUUUCCGUUUUCCUCCCUCCAAGCUAUGUUUGGGUUCUGUGUUGUUGUUCUUCGAUUCCAACCAAAACCAAGUUUCAAUAAGAAAACAUUAAGAUGACCAAAUAAAAAAAGUUAUUUCUUUAGAAACCAAACAUAAAUGUAAAAAAAAAAAAAAAAAAUUAUCUGAGAAAAACUUAAGUGGGACCCGCUU